UCGAGAGGUUAGCAGGGAGAGUAGUUGGUGAGGCGAAAGGAAAAGGUGUCGAAGCACAAGAGUGGGUAGCACCUGAUUUGCAGUAUACGGUAUUGGAGAGGUCUUUAGCAAGCGAUGCUGCAGCCGAUGGUUCUAGGAUAUGUGAUAGAAUCACUACCACCUUUGGAAAUGGAUUUGUCCAUACCAUUGGAGGAUGGAUUCGAGGGCAAUUAUGCUGUAGUUGGGAUGGUGAAAGCAACGAAGGAGAGAGCAUUGUGAAGGGAAAGAGAACGCGAUUCGAUUCUCCCAUGUAUUUCAUAGUUAUGUGGUUGGAAUGGUCGAGUGACAAAUGA